AUGGGGCGACGUGAGAAUGAGAUGGAGGCGGGAGGAGGUGCGUCGGGGUUGGGGUUGGUUGGCCUCGGGAGAAGAGUCGGAAAAGGAGGUGGGGGGAGAAAAAAAACAUCAGGGAGAGAGAAGAAAAAAAACAAGGGAGAUAAGGGGUAA